AUGUUGCAGAGCGGUGCCUUGUGCAAGGCACUGUCGUCCCCGGUAAGCCACCCUGAAGCAUCUGAAAAGGCGCCUUCUCGCGGUAGCGCUGUCGACCACUCCGUACCUGCCAGUGCGCCUGUCUUCAUCGACGCCUUUGAAGGCUUGACGACUGCAAAACCCUCGCCACAUCGGGAGGCCCAUAUCAGUAGUAGCAAGAGUCCCAACGAACUUGAACGCAGUAGGGGAUGCUACCAAGGUACUCCACCGUGUGAGCAGGUUUUUUCCACGCCGCCAGUGCGUGAGACGGUCAUUAGUGAGGCGGAGGAGCUCUCUCUCUUGCAUGCACGGCGCGUCUGCCGCUCUGAUGAGCAGCUGGGGACCACGCAGGCAGCCUGCGCAUGGAGGCCUGCGUCGCCUGAAUUCACGGACCCCGUCCCCUUCCUCACCGCCCAGUCACCACUGGAGCCGCUAUGCUCGAGCGAGCCCGCUGCUGCUGGACUCUUGUCACUAAACGCCACUCGAAGAGAGUCUCCUCGAGCUGCCACCACCGACGCUGCCGGUGUUCCCGCGACUUCAGGUGAUCCGUCAAAUAUUACGAUGGAAACCGUGCCAUCACUCACACUCCACAGCGAUAGCAACACUGACCGCGCGCUGCACUCGCGCACCAGCUCACUACUAUAUUACAGUCCGCAUAUCCACUAUGACGGCAACAGCGAGAGGCUCGAGACGGACGCUGCACUGCAUAGCAGUCGCGCGGCGAUCUCGUCCUCUAUUUCAUGCUUUCGCGCGUCCUCCAUGGUAACGCCACGUGGGCUGCCAUCGUACCCGCUUAGCUCUAGCGCCAGACAAUCCAUGGGGCUGAAGAAGCCGCAGGCAGAGUCCCCCCGCGGUGAAGGCAGUCGAAGCUCGUCAUCUACUGGCACGUAUGGCGGGGCUGCUUGUAUCAUCUCUGACGCACUCGCGCUCACCCCGGAAACACCUGAUCACCUUCUGCUGCGUGCAUUGGCCAGUGAGGAGGGUGCUUACGCGCCACCGCCUAGCACCCUCACCACAACGCAGUGCACUAUCCCAUCAAUCACAGCAACCCAAGCGGGGAGGCAAAACGUGAGCACUAGGAGCGGCUUUGUGUCAGGUAUGCCGUCGAUUCGCCUCCCCAUUGCUUAUUCUAUCCCCAUUAGCGACUCGGAACGUAGCUUCGCCAGCAUCCCUGCUCUCGGGUAUGGGCCACGCAGUACGCCCAACGCCUGCUCCUUUACCUCUGCUCGUUCGGGCCGCUCCGCGCGAUCGGGGCGUCACUCUAACCGCUGCACCUCAGCGUUCCGCAACGGCGCACCUACUCUGAAGGAGCUCUUUCCUACUCUGCCCGAUGAACUCUACCUCACGCGCGAUCGGCUGUGCAUCUCGCAGAAUAGCAAGCGGCGACUCGGGUCUGGCGCCUACGGGAUUGUUCAGCAGGCAGAGCUCUACCCGCCGGGUGUCGAAGCACCGCGCAUAUUCACACCGACGUCGGAAAGUGCCACGAGCACGUCGAUCCCCAGCACGCCGUGCUUCUCGCCAGGCAACGGACGCGUCUCCAUUCAUAGCUUCUCAUCCAUCGCCGCUGCUGUUGGAAGCAAUGAGAACGUGGCUGGUGUCAGCAACGGUGGCCACUGUGGAGCUGAGCAGACGGGUAGACCCGCAGCUAUGGCACUGGUUGCCCAAACAAGCGGCAACAUCCACCUUCGGCCAGUGUCCACGUUAAGCAGCGACAGCGUCACCGCGUCGGCGCUGCCACUGCACCAGCAACCGUAUAAUGGGCAGACCGCGUCGUUCUACAACGGUGUUGAUAACAUGGUGCGGUGGAGCAGCGCUGUGGAGUCCGUGAAGGGCCGGCCUUGGGGACAUGCGCUGAGCUUAAACGAUGAUGCGACGCCGAGCAUGGCUACGGCGCAGGGCACCGUGCUGUCGCCGACGUCGUGUUCACAUGAGACACCGGUGUUCGAUGCAGUGAGCACUGCUUCGUCCGAGGGCCAGCACAGCGUCUCACAGCCUCCUUCCCUGGGGAGCUCUCUGCACCACAAAACCACGACGGUGACCCCAAUGGACUUCAACUGCCAGACGCAGAACGACCUUCGACUACCGACGGUGUUAGGGCUACGCUUGGGUCACAGUCCUGACUUGCGUGUGAGCCCGCGGACGUCGCUGCCUGCCUCCUCAGGUCACCUCAGCGGUCGCGACUGCGGCGCCGCCACAGCAGUGGUCGACGCAGGCGGGAGCACGGUGCGCACAGGCGUAUGCGAGGAGGGGCGUGACUGCCUCGCUAGCAUUGUCGAGUCUGUGCGUUCAUCCAGGGACGAGGGGGAGGCAGUCGACGGAGAGACCGAGCCGGGGACACAACACUCCGUCACCUCCCGAACUGGCAGGGACACUUUUGCGUUGCCGCACUCGCCGGUGGCGGGAGGCCGUGGCUACCGCAGCAGCAUGCGUGUAUGGCGUCGCGUCGCAUGCGAGCGUGGGGAUGAGAGUGAGGGAUCGGGGGUGCGCACGUACCCCUCUUGUACCUUUCCAACCACCCGGGAGGGCUCCAUGGGCACCUCAUCGGCCGCCGCUGUAGAGGGAAAGCUAGCGUCCUACUGCGAGAUGGUGGUGCCACCAGCCACUGCGGAUCCAUAUCUGCACUGUUUUCUGUCGCGAACCGCCGAUCUUGUCUCCUCCAAGUUUGUUGACGAGAUCGCGACUGUUGAUCACACGGCGCGGGAAGCAGCAGUGGUGGGAGCCGACCCAAACGACGGGGCGCAGGCGGGGGGUUAUGGCUGUCUGCCAAGCGUACUGCCCCGUGCACUUGAGGAGGGGGAUGAAGGGAGGGAGGAUGAGCCUGCGGCGAUGACGAGUGCGGCACCGAAGAGCGGAGGUCCCGAGGCGCGGCGGCAAAGAGUGCAAGAGAGUCUGGAGAUGAGCAGAUCCUCCUUCCUGGUGAGCAUUAACUACGGUGAGGACGAGCUCACGUACAGCGACGCAGGCGAUGAGACGCUGACGCUGACGACGCAGCAGGUGAUUGAGGGGGCGAUACGUGAGGCCCGAGAACACCAGCACACAAUGGAUCAGACGUCGGAGGAGAUGGAGAAGGCACCGGGGGAAGGGCUUCUCCUUAGACGAAAGGGGGAUGGCAUCGGUUCUGCAGGGUCGGAAGCGCAGAGUGAAACGCGGCCCGAUUCUGAGGCGGCAACCACCACUUCCACCGAUGUCGUGGUGGCGGCAGCAGCAGGAGGGGAGGCGGAGCGGAUAGUGCAGCGCUUUACGCACCUUAGGACAGGUAUCUCAACGCCAGCCUCCACCGCGAUGGCAAAAGGCGCAAACGCCGGGUUUUUCGGCCCUCGCCCACACGUGAGAGGCGGUGUCGGUGCCAAUGAGAUCCUUGGAGAGCAUGUGACCUCCAGCAGCACCUCCAACUCAUGGACUCCAAGCGGUACGCGUGCCACCGGCACUUCCGCCGCCGCGUCGGCGAUGCCCGCAACAUCCACAACGAGGCCCGGCAACCUUGGUGGCGCGCUUGUGUCGGGCGGCACCAACACGGUGCAAUCAUCCUUGGACUUUCCUCGUACUCCGGCCGUUCACCAUGAUACGAACCUCUCGAUCGUCUCCGACACACUUUCCAGCGGCGCGGUGCCGUUCCGCUCGGUCGCCACCAAGGUGAUCGAGAAGAUGGAUCUCACCCACAAUGCCAUGAAGCUGAACGCAUUCCACAACGAGCUGCGCAUGGCAAGUCGGCUCCGCCAUCCGUGUCUGGUGAACAUGUUGGGCGUUGCCGAAGAUGCGAAGCACUUCUACCUUGUCAUGGACCUCGCGGAGAAAGGCAACUUAGCACAGUACCAGGAGCGGUUUGGGGUGGGGGCCACACGCGAGAUGGCGCCGCAAUUCACGGCAGACGUUGUACUUGCCCUUGAGUACCUUCGCGACGGGUCUCAGCACUCUUACUGGGUGACGCCGCCCCCCGAAAGCACAGAUGACAGCUUGCUGCAGGACCACAGGCACUGCACAUCCCGGAUGCUUGAGAUGCAAAGGGUUGCAGACGCGGGGAGCGCCAUGGAACCGCGCGGCUUGCCCGGCUGCACAUCCACCCACUCCCUGCGUCAGCCCACCGAAGGCGCCUCAGCGGCAGCAGUGUCGAAGCGACUGUCGUUGAGUUCUCCGAUCAUUCCUACUCUGCCGUCACAGCAUAGCGGUGCGACCGAUGUCACUGACAGUGUUGAGGCGGAUAUGUGUAGUCGCGCCCUAGCCGUGGGGCUGGUUCCGCGAGAGUCGAUGUCUGAGCCGUCGGAGUUGCCUUCGCGCACCUCUCCCACAGUUUUCGGACAUGAACCCCCUGUGCCUGGUUACACCGCCACUCUCUCACGGCAGCAGGGGGACAACGGCAGGUCCCUCGCGCAGCAGGACAGCAUCAUCGUGCACCGCGACCUCAAGCCUGAAAACCUGCUGCUCACCUGGGACUUUCACGUGAAGCUGGCCGACUUUGGCGAUGCGUGUUUCUACGGCGACGACGAGGCGAACAACUUUGGUGGGACACCAUCCUACAUCUCGCCGGAGGUGUUCGCGCGCUGUAAGGCGAGCCCGUACAGCGACUUGUGGGCCCUGGGUUGUGUGCUGUACGAGCUCCUGGUUGGCGAGCGGCUCCUCUCCGGCUCGCUGGUCGAAGUUGGGACUGCUGUGCAGAAGUUCAGGCCCGAGGCGUUGAUUUUUCCUGACACGCUGACGUCCACGACGGCAGAUUCGUCAACUGCGAAGGAGAAUGGCGCGCGGGAAAGAUGCAGCGGGGGUGGUGCUGGUAUCUCGGACGCUGCAAAGGACUUGGUCAGGCAGCUCCUUCAGCCGGUGCCUGAGGAGCGCCUCGGCUCGGUGGAGCGCGGCGGCUUCGACGCCCUCAAGACACACCCCUUCUUUUCGGACAUAAGUUGGGACAAGGUGCUGCAGACGACGAACAUGACGGCCACUAACACCAACUACUCAGCACAACUGGCCGAGUACCUUGAGCCGACGGAGGCGGUGGUGUACUGCUCCCCGGUGAAGCUGCUGCCGACUCUGGAGGGGAGUAGCUCCAAGGAGCAUUUGGGCAGCAAGGAUGGCAGCACCGACUCUCGGAGUACGCAGAUCGCGCUGGUGAUGGUGCUCACCGAUGCACCUCGGCUGCUGCUCGUGAACCUUGACCUGAACAUGGUGCAAUUCGAGAUUCCAUGGUCGACGGAGCUACGCGUCGGUGUUCUACGCACCGAGCGCUUCACCAUCACUGUCCCCGUCAGCGACGUUCUUAGGUCUCCCUCGACGCCUUUUCCAGAAUCACCGCUGCCGCCGCCGACGACGGCAGAGACGAGCCCGAUGCGCUCGAGCAGCAACGUCAGCGCAGCUACGGCUAACACGAUCACCUACACCUUUUCCGAUUGCACCCGGCGUGCCGACUUAUGGGGUGUUAAGAUCCAUCACCUGCAGUCGAUGUGUUCCACGAAGCUGGAGUCGGGUGGCACGGUUGGGAAGAGCCUGCCACGUCUCUACUUCACCCCAGUGGUCCCCACGGCUGGCGGGGCAUUCCAUUUGCCGCGGUCUGGGGCCUCCUCUGAGCAGCUGCAGCACCAAAAGCGCCGUAACACCCCCACUCUCUCUCCAGGUGCAGGCAGACGCUUCCUGCAAUGGCCGCGCACAACCUCUCGCACCAUACGCACUGGGAGUCUUGUCAGCUUGACAAUUUCGAGCAACGAGCCCAGCGUUGGUGCGCCGCGCGACGUGCAGGCCACUGCAGCGACGGGCACCUGCGCAGCUCUGAGCAGCGAUGCGUGCGAUGGUACAUUGUCGACGCGCAUCACGCCGGUGACACGCACACGUGCCACUUCCUUCUCCCGCCGUGCUUCUGCCUCGCAGUCGUCUGUCUUCACCGUGAGCAGCGCUGCUGCAGCGACACCAGGGACCUCAUCAGUCAUGCUGCACUCAUCUAAUCUGCUACACCCACCGUCGUUCACAGGAGCGGCGCUCCCGUCUCUUCAUCGCCGCUCCGCUACCGUGACCGUGACGACUGCAUCCCCAAACACAGGCGACUCACCAGGUGGCUCUCUGAAUACCUGGAAGGCGAAUGUGGGCAACGGCGAGAGCGUCAGUAGCCUCAAGUCCCCGCUCGAAUUCGACUGCACGCAAAGUGUCGCAUGUGCGCGACUUGCUGUCCCUCCUCCAGUGUGCAGUACCGCCAGCACCUCCGCCAACACCCCUGGAGUCUCUCCUACCAGCACAAGCGCCAUUCCUAUUCGUAGUGAGGACCCACCGCAGUGCGGUGGCAAUGUGAGCGAGGCGCGCUGGAAUGGGUACUUUCUGACGCCCGCCACAUCGAUGUGCGCUUCGACGGGGGCCUUGCAUCCCUUGAGCGCAUCAGCUGCGGCGACUUAUACGUCCGGCUCGGUGCCGGAGAGUGCGCUGGGGUGCAGCGACAGCGUUGGCAACGUCACGCCACACCUGGCGUUCUGCAGCGGGCCCGGAUGUGGGGGUGAAGGCCUUCUGGCCAACAGCUUAGAAGGUACCCACGAGGCGCUGAGCCAAGGCGAAGGCACGCCGGGCCCUUGGAACACACCGACGCAGACUGAUAGCGUCGCAGGCACCCCAGGCGUCUUGCGGUUGCCGAGUGUUUGCCGAGACAACGAAGGAGGAGGCGCAGUUGGAGGCAGCACGCCUAUCGUUCCGUUAGCGGAGAUGACAUCACCUGCGGCAGGUGCGGCCACUAAAUUGCUGAUCAAGAGGUCACAGUCGCGUCAGCAGUAUCAGGGGGCGUAG